CCCUUCAAGAAAAAACGCAGAGAGAUUCUGUCUCUCUCUAACACACUCAUUUCUCUCUCUUUUCAAAAUCGCUAUUGGAUCCUCAUCUUCCACUGGUAAGCGUUCCCAUUUUUCAAUUAUUAAAUGUAUUUUUUUUGGUUAAAUAUGAGUGAGACAGAGGAGAGAGAAGCAUAAGAGAGAGAGAGAGAGAGAGAAUUGCAGGGUCCAGAUUUGGUGAGACAAGAGGGGGGAGAAGGAGGGAGUAGGGGGGAGUAGGGGAACCCCACGAGCGAUCUGAGGCAAACCCAGAUUUUAUUUUAGCCCACUAGACCCUAUAAUCAUGCCAUCAGGUGCGAAGAAGAGAAAAGCUGCCAAGAAGAAGAAGGAGAAGGCAGCCAGCACCACCUCGUCUCAUACCAACCCUCAUGGAGGGUACGAUGAUUCGAAAUCCCAAGAUGAGAAGGGAAGUGAUGGUGGUGAGAUUAUGUCCCCUGUACAUCAGGACCACCAUAAAAACCACCGACAUUUUAAUGAAGGGAGUGAGGAGGGUGACCCAUCAGCUGUUCGAUCAAUUGUUGCUGAGGAUAAGUCCGGGGAGAGAGUUUCUAGUGAAAGGAGUUUGAAAUCUGGGAAGGAUUCUGAAAGCAAAAACAUAAGGAUUGAGUAUGUUGAGUCUGGAAAGGAAUCGCGUGAUGGGGAUGAUAGAAACUCUAGUAGUAGCAGGAGCAGCAGCAGGAGCAGCAGCAGCAGCAGCAGUUCGGAUGACGAUUCUCGAGCCAUUGAGAAGAAACAGGACAUGAAAGCCAAUGUUUCCAUUUCAGAUUCAAUCUCAUAUACUAAAGUUGUCAAGCCAGUUGAAUCCUCUUCAGCUGAAGAGACUCAGGUUGCUGAAUUUUCCCCUAAGCCAGUGGUUCCAGUAUCUGGUGAGACAGUGGGUGUCUUAGAAAGUGCUCCAAUGAAGAAUGUAUUGGUUUCUGAUGUGAUUAAACCUGGUUUCGAAAAUGGUGAAAAGAAAUUGUCUACUGGGGAAACUGAUACUGAUUUGUCUUCAAAGAAAAGUGAGGAUAAGAUAUAUCACAUGUUGGAUGCGAGUGCAAAAUCAUCUCCCAGCAAAUCAGAAUCUGUCUCGAAUGCUUAUGAGGCUGAAGAAUUGCCACCUUCAAGCGGUUAUGAGGCUCAAACUAGUAAUGGUACUCAAGGCAUUAAAACUUCUGAGACUCCCGAACCCACUGAAAACCAGCCUCUGGUUUCUCCAGCUCCACCCGUUGUGCAAAAAGCCUCUUGGUUGAGUUGCUGUGGAAUUUUUGAUGUGAUUACAGGAUCCAGUCGAUGAAUUCAGUUGAUGCAGAAACAUAAGCUGAAGGGAAUUCGGUGGAUGAACAACACUCGCGAUGGCGGGGAAGGAUCUGUUUAGCGCAACCUUGUGAAUUUUGAGAGUUAGAACUGCGUAAAGGUUUUAAAUUUUUAUUUUUUCUCCGAAGAAUAAUGGGCAAGAGGCCUGGCUUGAUAAACAGCAUAAGGUUUGGUGGUGGUUAUAGCGUUCGAAAAUGGUAGGCUAGGGAGCUCGACGUCGCUAGCUUCUUACAACAUUUUACAUGUUAAUUUUGCAGUGUAGUAUUCUUCCUUGUGCUGUAUUCCUCUCUUUUUUUUCCCCUCCUUGUGAAUUUGUGGGAUUAUGGUGUCAUCUUUAGAGUACAGCUAUUAUCACUAUUUCUCAGUCUCUUGCAUGAUAUCUCCUAGUGUUUCUACUUCUCAAAAUGGGUGGACUAAUCUACUUUUGAAUGAUUGUAUCUUCUGUUGCUUGUGGUA